AUGGGAAUCGUAUUGCCUGCACUACCAUUUACGGAAACCGUUCCAAGGGGAAGCAGAUCUGCCAAUGGUCUUGUGCAGCUCCAUGGAAGAGCUCCUGUCACAGCUUUUCUAAAAAUCUAUCACUUUUUGCUGGUGACAAUUUUGAUUAAAGUCCUAACGGACGAAUUUGCUGCAGUCGCUGCUGGCUCUCGAGGGGCGGAGCACUGGUUUAUUGUUGCCGUAAACACAGGAUUAAUGGUGAAAUCCGAUAGUCUAUAG